UUUUUAAGAAUUUCACCUGAUUUCGUCCACAUACGUAUAUUUAUAGUGAAUGGAAGUGAAUUGCAACAGAUUUCAAUACGAUAAAUUAGUUUAUUCUGAUUUUAUUUAAACCUUAAAAAAGUAAGUGAUGUUAAGCGUAAUUUUGUAUUCCAAUGGCUGAUACUUAUUGCGGAUUAGGAGCACAAAUAAAUAAUGACGACGCCGUAGCUUUACCUGACGAUGACUUAGACUGUAUUGAAAGUGAUGAAGACUAUGAUGCGUUAAAUGAUGAGACUUUUGGAGCUCUAGAAGAUUCGUCUACUUUGGAUGAUUGGGAACAACAACAUGAGAACUUUGCUAAACUUGCAGAAAGUCGAAAGCAUUCGGAUCAAAUUGAGGACUCUUUAAACAAAUUAGUUCUCGAUGGCACAGAAGAUAUUAACUCAUUAAACAAGAAAUCAAUUUGGUCAUUUGAAGGUUCAAGAAAUGGAGAAAAUGUAUUGACUAUUUUCUCUAGCUUAAAUAAAAACUAUAUUGACUCAAAGAAAGAUACUGAAUCUGAUCUUCUUAAUUGUUCUCUAAAUAAUAUUCGGCCACCCCCUGGGAUAAUAUCUCAGGUUCCUAAAAAAGUUAUUAGUGUUGAAGAACUUGAACGUGGACUAAUAAAAAAUAAUGCGAAACUAUCACAAUCAUCUACAUCAGUACAUCCCCCAUUGCCUUUUCCUCCACAACACUCGCAGCUUCCCCGCCCUUCUCAUCUCCCGCAUUCACCCCAUCAAAAUGGACCUAUUUUUCAACAUCCUAUGCUUCAGCACAAUAUGCCUCCUAGACCUCCACCUGGUUUACCACAUCAUCCACACAUGCCGUUGAUGCCACCACGACACCCAAAUGUGCCACCCAACCCUCUUAUGCAUAUGGUGCCUCCCAUUCCUCCACAUUUUAUGCAAGGAAAUCAAAUUGCUCCACCUGGAAUGAUGUAUCCUGGAGGCUCUCAAUUUCCUGUUAAUCAUCCUUAUAAUUUCCCGCCGCCUCCAAGAAACGUAAAUUCCCUUGGUUAUGGUCAUCCUAACAGAAACCAAAACAAUUACCAAAAUUACUACCAAAACAAUAGACAGGGGCGGAUGGACCCUAACCAUAAUGUCAGACAAAGAAAUUCUAAAUCAAUGAUUAAUAAUAUUAAUAACAAUGGUCAUUAUGGUAAUAUAGUCCAAGAUGAAUAUGCAGGACUGAUGAGCGGUAGAGAGAAGCAAUGGCUUUUGAAUAUCCAAAUGUUACAAUUGAAUACGGGAACACCCUACUUUGAUGAUUAUUACUAUACGAUAUUCAAGGAGAGAAAGGCGCGACAAAAUAAAGAAAAUCAACCGCUUGAGCAAAUUCAAAGACACAGAAGAAAUAGUGAACGACAAGACAGUCAAAACCAUCUAACACCUAAAGUAUAUACGCCUUUGCAAUUUGAAAAUUCUUUGGGAAAGCUGCAGUGUGGCUCGGUCACGGCUCCACGUAAAAUAAUCGAUAUGGACGUUGUAUCCAUGGAUAAAGAAUCGGAAGUAGGAUCAACAGUUUCGUCGCGAGACAGUCGUAAAACAAAGCAGCUCUUACUGGAACUUGAGGCACUGUAUUCUCUCUUGUUGAAAGUGGAAGACUUGAGAAAUCCUAUGUAUCAUGCAAAUAUCGAGAAACUGGUCGAGUUGAAACAGAAACAAAGACUUCGAGAACUGGAAACUGCUUCCACUACAGAACAAAAGCAAGAAAUCCUCAAACAACUUCAACAGGACAGCGUGAUAACGACCGAGAAUCAGCAAGAAGUGCUGACUAAAGUGGCGAAUGGAUUUUGUUUGGACGAAAAAUUUUCCAGUUUUUUAGCUAUUCGAAAAGGAAAAAUGUUGUUGUUAAGGCUAUUGCCAUACUUAUCAGCUGAUUUAUUUACUACUCAUCUAUCAGACCUGUGGUUAAAGGUGCUUCUGAGCAUACCGACAGUCGGUCGUAGAGAUACGGCGGGUGACAACCUGCUUCCAAAGCUUUAUCCGUAUUUUAAGAAGUAUAUUCAAACUUGUAAUAUGAGCAAUAUUUUGGAUAUCGUUACGAACUUAGUAGAAUCUUUUAAACUGGACAACAGCAGAAGUACUCCCCUUAGUUAUCAAGGAAAAACUCCCCUCAAUUUUAUAGUGGCUAAUAAGUUCGGUGUUUCGGCUCUUUCGACUAUGCUCGUUCGCAUGGAGUACCUGUUGUCAACUAAUGAUGCGACUGAACGACAAUUGUCUGACUGGCAAAAUUUCGUGGAGGCGUGGUGUGAUGCGGUCCCUUCGUUCUCUUCCUCAUCCUCAAGUACCGUGGCUACACCUCUCGAAUCCAUACCUACGCCCGUAUUUAACAAGCACUGUAAUCGCAUUGGCGAACUGCUGACUACAUCCGUUAAAUGUCAGCUGUUCCGCAAACAUUUCGUAGACACCGAAUAAAUCCAAUGACAAAAUUAUUUUUAAACAGAAAUGAAAAAGAGAGACAAAAAUGUAAAAUAGACCAAUAACGUAAAAGAAAGUGAUCCAACAAGCGACGGCAGUUGUGAUUUAUUUUAUAGGAGGAUUGAGCAACUCUCCACCCACUGUUGACUUAUUCGUUUCGAUCGUGAUUCGUUUGUUGUUUUGUUUUAUUCCGUGUAUUUUUCAUACUUUUUAACGCAGCUUUUGUUGUUUUUAGGGAAUACACAUGAAUUUUAUAGUAGGUUGUUAUAAUCUUUUACUCAAAUUUUUAAUGUGUAUUUAUGCAUGAUGUUAUUAAGGGAAAUGCAUUUGAGAUGUGUAGGAUAAGAGACAUUUUACAUAUAUAUCUCACGACUUUCAAUUGCUUUAUUGAUUAUAGUAUAAGUACGCUUAAAAAUUGUAUGUCUCAGUGGUAAGUUUUGAAGAAUUGUAAAAACACCAAACAUUUUUGUUAUUUGCUGAUAUUUAUUUUUCAGCAAUUUUUAUAAUGCAAGAAUAAGAAUUUCGUUUUGUUUGACCUUAAAUUAUUUAUUGUCUUGCUUAAAUUGAACAAGGAAUUUAUUUUUAGUUUAUAA